CAAAAGGGAAACGGCGGCGACUCCUCACUCCUUGGAAUCAGAUUUCCCACUCCCCAUCGGCCGCCAUGGCGAUGGCGUUGGCAACCCCACCCCGCUUCCAGAUCUCCAACUAGAUCGUUUCGCCAUGGAGCACCGCGACGGGGAGAUCGCCGCCAAGCGACCACCCAAGCGUUCCGACGGCGGCGACGGCCGCAGCGAGGACCGCCUCAGCGCGGUUCCCGACGACCUCCUUAUCAACAUCCUUCUCCUGGUCCGCGACGCCGCCGCCGCCGCGCGGACCAGCGUCCUCUCCCGCCGCUGGCGCCGCCUCUGGACGCUGCUCCCGGAGCUCCACUUUCUCCCCCACAAUGAUCCCCACCGCAUACGCCUCGCCCUCGCCGCCCAUGAGGCGCCGGCCCUACGCUUCCUCGACGUCGCCGUCAUUGACGGCACCCCGGAGUCCAUGGUGUCCUGGCUUCAAAUUGCCGCGCGCCGCCUCUCCGGCCAUCUGGUUCUCAUCAACACCGAGCAGAACACCUCGUUGGACGAGCCUGGCGAAGGAGGCGCAUUCGAGCUGCCCUGCUUCGAGAACGCCAUGUCAAUCAGCCUCGAACUAGGCCAUCUCGGGCUCGGCCUCGCCGUGCCGUCUUCGGGUGUAUUCGCCCGGCUCACCAAUCUCUUCCUGAAUCGCGUCCGGCUACAUGGUCCGUCAAUGCUCGGUGACGCUGUCUCCUGGCCACGGUGCCCAUCCCUGCGGAGACUCAUCGUUCAUAAUUCCUGGGGUGUGCGCAACUUCGCAAUCCACUCCGAUUCUCUCCUUGAAAUAGACCUGAGGGAUCUUCGGUCAGAUAAUCCCCUUGGUCUGGGCAGCUUCACCAUUCGUUCAGACUCUCUACUGCGAACGAGGCUGAUGAGUCUGCGUGGCUUGGAGCAGCUCACUGUUAUGGCGUCGGCACUCCAAUUUCUAAGUGUGAGCUCCUGCAUUUCGUAUAGUUCGAGAGGUAAUCAACCGUCUGCAAACAUCUUGGCCCCUCAGCUGACAUGCCUCCUGUGGAUGGAUUAUUAUCAUCCAAGCUACACCCAGCUUAAAAUGGAAAAUCUAGAACGGCUGAGCACCAACCUUUUUUUUGUAUAUGGACAAGAGUCGCACAAGAUGUACAAUAGUAAUUGUACAAGGCUUCUACGGCGCUUUGAGGUUAUCUGGAUUCUCAAAUUAACACUUUUCUAUCUGCCGGAAGUUACUAACCAUGAGUACUUGAUGGAGGGCAUUACAAAACACCCAAACAUUGCAUUCAUGGCCCUGGAAAUAGUGGCAAAUGGACAUUCCUUUGGAGCCAGUUCAUUCCAUGUCCUCAGCAUGUGUGUUGGUGUCAGAAAGUUGUCUCUUAAACUUCUUGACACACAUGGCUAUCCGGUGGCACAAACUGGGUGCCCAUCAGGUUGUGUUUGUGAUCAGCCACCAAACUGGAAAACCAAGGAACUCGCGCUGUAUUGCCUCCGAGAAGUACGGAUCCUCAAUUUAAGAGGAACUGAACAUGAAGCUGCUCUUAUGAAACGGUUAUUCCAUUGGGCAACAGUGCUAGAAAAGAUCACCAUAUCUUUCCAUUGCUCAGUUGCUGAAAGCAAGGCUGAGGAGUUCUGCCAGAUGCUUCAAAGCUUCUGUAGGCCAGAAAUAUUUAUCAAGGGGCAACGCUUCGCCUAAUCUAGUCGUCGCACAGGUAACCAUGGCCUGAACUUGCUGGCAAACUUUAUGUGCACCGCAGGGCCUCGCAGAACGCUUUGCCAACUUGUCGCUUGUGUUGGUGCUCGUGCCUGGUGGUCGUUUUAUCGUUGGCAUCUUGGUAUAAAUUGCACUGUUUGUGAAUUCCAUAGUUUGUUUGAUCCUUUCGAGAUGUUGCAGGAUGUAUAGGUUGCACUUUAUGCAUGUGGAUGUUGUCUGAACUUCAGUUCUUAUUUCCAACAGAGUUUUAAUCAGUCUGAGAUCUGUGAAAAAACUGGUUCUAGGACGAGCUCCAUGGAGCUUGUUUUUUUUUGGUGUGUGUGGCAAAAAUCAAACCAAUCACAUUCUGAAGUUUUAAAUUCUAAAACAAA